CUUGGCUUUAUGUUUUAAUCAAAAUUCUAAAACUAUUGGACUAGUGUUGAGAUUAGGAAUAAAGAUUUGACAACUAAGCUAGAUCUGGGGACUAUAUUAUUAAGUUGCCUAGGUGGUACAAGAUUAGUGCCUUUUUUUAAAAAUACAUACACAUGAAUGUUCCUUCAGAAUUGAAGAUUAUUAUCCAAGUUAAAACCUCCCACAGGACGGCUGAGGAUAGCAGUGAUGACAUGUUUUGACUCCUUAGGCUUUUGAAGAUCUCUCAGUGUAAUGUUUCAUCUGGAACAUAAUUCAUUUAAAAAAUAAAUCUGUCCAAAAGUUUUUGGUUGGAAUUCCUACAAUGUCCUCUAAACCAGUGAAUGCAGAAAAUGCCCACACAUACAAAUUGGUUGUAGUUGGUGAUGGUGGUGUGGGCAAGUCUGCCUUGACCAUACAGUUUUUUCAAAAACUCUUUGUGCAAGAUUAUGACCCAACGAUUGAAGACUCUUAUAUUCAGUAUACUGAGAUAGAUGGAGAAUGGUGCAUUUUAGAUGUACUGGAUACGGCAGGUCAAGAAGAAUUUAGCGCUAUGAGGGAGCAGUACAUGAGAAAAGGAGAUGGAUUCUUAUUAGUAUACUCUGUUACAGACAGACAAAGUUUUGAAAAUAUCAGCAAUUUUCACACUCAGAUUUUGCGAGUUAAAGACAGAGAUAAUUUUCCAAUGAUCAUGGCAGCCAACAAAGUUGAUCUUAUCCACCAAAGAGUAGUUACAGAAGAACAGGGCUUACAUUUAGCUGCCAGUCUAAGGAUACCAUAUAUUGAAACAAGUGCCAAAGAUCCACCACUUAAUGUUGACCUGGCAUUCCAUGAAGUGGUUCAUGUUAUAAGGCGACAGCCAUCUCCUAAAAAGAAGAAAAAGGCCUCCAGUGGCUGGCGUUGUACAGUCUUGUAACAAUUUUUAGAUACACAUAUUUUUACUUUCAGUAAUACAGAGCUUUUUUUUUUUUUUUUUUAAAAAUAUACUUUUUUCUUUCAAAUGUAAUAACUUGUUUUUAUUUCAAUAUUAUAUUCUUUUUAAAACUUUUUUUUGGUCAUUUUGGCAAAUGAUUAAACUCAAUUUUUAUAAAUUUAUUGCUACAAUAUAUGAGAUAGAUGAAAUAUUUAACAAUUGGUUAUAAUUAUCUACGGCAUCUAAAUAAAUUAUAAAUGAUCAAUAUUUAAGUGUUGAAGUAAAAAAAUAUCCUAUCACUUUUAAAAAAGAUGCUUUAGUUUUUUUUUUAAAUUUAAAAUUGAAUAAUGUAGUUGAUAUAUAUAUUAUUUGCCAGUAAGGUACAAGUGACUUUUGUGCAAUUGAAUAUUGUGUUGCUUUAUUUUAGAGAAGCACAAAUAUAUUUAUUUUAUAGGCUUAAGCCAGUUAAAGACGUAGAAUUUUUUGCUAAAGCAGGUUGUUAUAUUUUUUUCUUACCAACUAUUUUAUUAUGAUUAAUCUGCAUAUUUUAUAUGUAUUAAUAUUUGCAUCAGAUAUUUGAAUGAUAAACCACUCUAUACAUGUGUUUAAGCCUGCCCGAGACAUUGACAGAAAGAAGUGAGAUUGUUUCAGUUUAAUAAACAAGUGUGUACUCUAAACAAAUCAGUACUUCUGGGCAUUUGAAGCUCUUGUUGAACAGCUCCCUUUUUAACAAUAAUUUUAAAUCCACUGAACAAUUAAAAUAGUGAAUUAUAUUUCAAAAACCUAACCUAUAUAAUUACAUAAUGUAUUAUUUAAUAAUGAUUACCACACAUUAUUACAAUAACUUUUAUAUAGGUAUGUGAUGAAGCUACUAUAUUGUUGUGAUUUUACUCAAAAAUUUUGAUUAUAAACAAAAUUAUGUACCAAACUAAAAUGAGACAAAUUACCUGGCACAAAAACUAAUCCAUUUUUACUUACUUUUAAACUCAUCCUUUACUUAUUUUAAUUUCUAUUUUUUUUUUACUUUAAUUUAUUUUUUUGUCUAUUUUUUAUUGGAGCAGUCAUCUUUGGUUUUACUUUUGUUUCUAUUUCUUUACUUUAAUCUAUUUUAUUUGAAGAAGUCAUCUUUGGUUUUACUUUUGACUAACUUUGUAUGUACUAGUCAUACCCAUCACACUUUUAGCUGGUAAUCUUGUAUCAUUUUUAAACAUACAGCCAAAGAUGUUGUAGUUUUUAUCCAUUUCUUUUUUUUUUUAAAUUGAUUCCUGAAAAUAUGAGUCUGUAUCAUUACAAUGACCUUAAAUUUUUUUUUUUACAGUUUUUAAGGUAUUUCAUUUUUUUAUACAUAUAUAUCUAUAUGAUGGACACAUGUAGUAGUUGGCAUACUGUUUUACAUUUUCACCUAUUUUUUAUUUUGGUAUGGUGUAUGCAUACUAUUAUGCAUGCAUGCAUAUUCAUUUGUACAAUAUAAAUUUAUAUUCAUAUAUGUACAUUUGUUUGACACUAUAGUCUGCAUAUGUGUAUUCCAAAAGAAUUUUAUGUGAUACCAAAGUGUUAAUUAGUAAUUUCCUCUACGAAAAAAAAAUGCACCUUGUUCUCAGGUCUGUUUACCUUGCAUCUUCAUUUUGCUCUAUUAUAUGAUCAACUGAGCUUCCAUAGGAUAAUUAGCUGAAAAUUGCUACCAUUGCAUUUGGGACCUUGGUAAGAAGAAACAGUGGAAGCUUCAACUGUUACACACUAUAAGAAUUGACAUCAUGAAUGUAUUGAAAGGAAGGAAAUGUAUUUAAGUUCAAUAAAAUGGUUCUGCAUGAACAUUUGGUUACUCUGCUCAACUCAUGAGAUUGUCUUCCUAUGAUGUGAAUAGCAGACGGACAAUUUCUGGUUUUAAACUGCUCACAUUUGUUGAGUAACAUUCUUGGAGAAUUAUGAAGGUGCUCAUCUGACACUUGACCUUGUCAGCUAUAUUAGAUUUGUUGGCAAUAAGUUGUGGUACAACAGACUUUGACAUUUGUUAUGUGCAACUGACAUGAUAUAGUGCCAUUUUUUCUAAAAAAAAAAUGUUUGUUGUAAAUAAUUAUUAAUUUGAUUUAGAGUUGUGAAAUUUCCAUAUUAGUUUAAAUAUUAUUGCUAUUUUUUUAUACACAUGUACAUAUAAAACACAUAACCAGCUUUUGCAAUAAUGUAAUUUUCAUUUGACAUAAUUUCUAUUUUUUGUUAUUGAGAGAAACAACACAUUAAUGAGUAUUAGUGUUUAGUUACUAAUAAAAUUUAUGUGAUACACUUUCAGAGAUGUCAUUUUUAAGCACACCCACUGUCAACCCUCAAAUUUCUUUUUUGAUAGAAGCAUUUUUGGUGGACAUUGUUGCUGGUUCUCUUUUUCUGUGUAUUUGUGAAAAAGAAAAUAGCUCUACAUAUUGUUGUGAUUUUCUUUCUUGUAAACUGUCAUGUCACUACUUAACGUACACCUCUUGUCACUUUAAUGUAGCCUAAAAUGUGUCUUGAAAAUGCUUGUGAUAGAUCUCACUUUCAGCUAUGCAAUCUGCACUAGAAGAACAGGUAUUCAGAUUUGGAGUUGAUUCAAGUUAUAAGUACCGGUACUAAAAUACUUUAUUCACCUCUAGGAAACAUGCAUUGCCUGUUGUUUUGUUUUACACUUGAAAUAAAAAAAAGAAUGGUUAUAAAUUGUACAAAAAAAAAAUAUAAAAAAUCCACCUUUUGACUGUAAAGCUCAACUUUUGUGCUCACAUUCAAUCAGCUGUACAGUUAAGUCACUUAGAAUCAUAUACAAUGAGUACAAUCUUAUAUAUUAUGUUAUUUAAAUCUAUUGUGUAAAUGCAAUCCACAAUCUGUGUAAUAAAAACUGAGUUGUUUCAAUGACUUGUGUUAACAAAACCCACAAAAAGUCAAGUACGCAAUAAGAUCUGACAAUGAGUGACAAUGUUCAUGUAAUGAGCUUUUUUUUAUUUUUUUAUUUUGGUGAACUUUUUCUAAUUGUUGUACAUUCCUUUCUAAAACUGAUGAUAACAUUUCCAAUAAUCUACAUUAUUUCUCACCUUUUUAUCUACUGUUGGGUUCAUCUUGUUGACUGUUUAUUGGUGAUACAUGAGCAUGCAUUCUAGUAUGAUAUUUCUUACAUUCAUGAUAUUUUAUCUAUUUCAUUCACUGAUUGGACUUUCAGACAUUCGAAAUUGGCAUGCCUAUGUAUAUUUUUAACUUGGUUUGGAUUUAAUUUUUCUUAACACUUUUUGUUUUGCAAAUCUUCACAGGCCUUGUAACAACUAUAAUGAACAAACAAAAGUUAGUUCUUAUUUGAUUGUAUUGUUAUUUAUAUUUCUUUUCCUAACUGAAAAUUUUCUUCAAUAAAUUUGUAUUUGAAAUUA